AAUCCAAAAUGGCUGAACAUUUUUUGUACAGAAGAAGCGUCCAACGAGAGCAAACGCCGUGAGACCGUGUGUUUUUGUAGCGAAUUACGCCAAUAAAACUAAACAAAUCCACUUAGAAACGUCAUUAAACAAUUGCAGUGCGUGCUGGUGAAAAUGCCGCAGCAAAGGGAAAAGAAAAGUGUCGGCCAGACGGGAAAAUAGGGAAAUUCGAGCGAGCGAACGUGUAUAUGUAAAACGAAAGUUGUGGCUGUCGCUCUGCACGAAAGAGAGAGAGCGAGAAUAUUUUUGCAAGCCGAGAAGUCGAAGGUGAAAUGAAAAUGCAUUAGCAUCUAAAUGAAGAUAUGCCCCCAAAGACAAAACGAUAAAAAUUAGCAAAAACCUUUGAUAAAAAUCAUAAAUCGUGAAUUGGCGUUGUUUUUGCUUUCCCACGCGCGUGUGUGUUGGUGCGCGCCCCUCUCUGUGUGUGUGUGUGUGUUUGUGAGAGUUUGAGCAUAGGAAUGGUAAAACCAAAUCCAAAAAAACUUAUUCCAAAACAAUAACCUCGUCCAAAUUGUAAUCACAACACAAUAAUCAUGCUGUUCCAAGGCGGCAGCUGUUGAGCAAACAUUCGACCUCUUCAUUCGGUUGCUAUAAUUAGCACUCUCCCAUUUAAACCAACAAAGUCGACCGCGCACGCGGACAGGAUAUAGCCGACAUGGAUAUGGAUUUGGAGCAGCUGAAGAACGAUUUCCUGCCACUGAUCGCCGGUAUCAAGCAGGAGCAACUGGACGCUGUGCCCACGGAUGUCCUGCCACAGAUGAGCAUACCGAGCACGGCCAGCGGAGCACCCACCACCUCGUCCUCGAGCUCCUCCUCUUUGAGCCUCAGCAAUCCCUGCGACAGCGCCGAAAAGCGGUCGGAGUCCAACUCAUCGGCAUCGGCCAAGUUCACCCUGUUCAAGUGUGUCUACUGUGCCCAGCUGCUCGGAUCCAACGACCGACCCAAGCUGCUCGAAUGUCUCCACGUGGCCUGCGCCCAGUGCGUAAGCACCAAGUUCUCGGAGCUGGACCGCUCCCUCCCGCCACUGAUCCAUUGUCCGGUGUGCGACAAUGCCUCGCAGAACGAGUUCAUCGUGGACAACCAGUUCCUGAUUGAGCAAUGUGCCGCCGGUGACAGUGGCGAUGGGGUCGGCGCUUUGGGUUUGAUCGGCGAGGGCCAGAAGAGCGCUGCCGCGGCCACUAUCCAGUGCAGCAGUUGCUCCGAUGGGGCGGUGGCCACGUCAUGGUGCGUUGACUGCUCGGAAUACAUUUGCGACAGCUGCGUGCAGGCCCACCAGCGCCUGAAGAUCACCAAGGACCAUACGAUCAAGCCCAAGGACGAGGCCAACAACGAACAGCUGGCCGGAGCUGCUGGCGUGGACAAGCUGCACAUGUGCCAGCUGCAUACGCAGGAGAAGCUAUCGCUGUUCUGCGAGACUUGCGACAAGCUCACGUGCCGAGAUUGCCAGCUAAGCGAUCAUCGGGAUCACAAGUACAAGUUCGCCCACGAGAUCGCCACGGAGUCGCGACAGGCGCUGUCCACACUUGUCUCCGAGAUCAACUACAAGCGCUUCCUUCUCUCCUCGGCAACCAAGGUGAUCGACGACCGACAGCAGCUGAUCCACGACAAGAAGAAGGACCUGAUCAAGGAGAUCACUGCCAUGGCGGUGAAGAUUACCAACACGGUAAACACCCGCGGCAAGCAGCUAAUCAUGCGAUUGAACGAGGUGUGCGAUAGCAAACUGAAGGUGCUGGUGGAAAAGAAAGAGACGCUGCAAUUGCUGUCCGACAACACGGAUCACUGCAUUGACUUUAUGCAAAACGCCCUGGAUAAGGGUAGCGACUUCGCCAUCCUCUCCAGCAAGAAGUCGUUGGUGCGUCAUCUGCAGAAACUGAAGUGCCAGCGGGCGGAUAUUCCCAACCCGGAGAUACCGGUGCGCAUUCAGGUGCAGCUCAAUCAGGUCUCCGAUCUGCAGAAGGUAAUCUCGCAGCUGGGCAUCAUCAUCGUGGAUGGCAAGCCCUAUCCGCCCACGGCCUCGCCCAAUGGCACCCCCCAGCCGCAGCAUCCGCCGCGCCAGCCGCCCAGCCCAAACAUGGCCCCGCCCCUGCGUCCCGGACUUCCGCCCGGAAUGCCAGCCGGUCUCUCGCCGAACGGCCCGCCUGUCAACUUUGUACCGCAGAAUGGACCGCCGCUCUACAGUAACGCCGCCCAGCAGCAGUUCAACAAUCUGUCCAUGAGUCGCUCCUUUCCGGGCGACGGGUCAGGUAAGGUUCGCUUCGGGGGCAUGCCGCCAGUGGGUAUGCAGCGACACGGCCAGCCGCACGUGAGCUCCUCCACGCAUCCGCAAAAUAUGGACAUCAGCCUGCGGGGCCUGCUGAACAACCAGGCGGCGCAGAGUCCCAACGCCCACAUGGCAUUCAACGGCCCACCCAGCUAUCCGGGCGGGCCGCAGGGAGCACCGGCGCCGGCCCACCAGCAGAUGGGCCCCCAGAUGCGUCCGCAUUUCAUGCCCGGCCAGCAGGGUUUCCCGCAGGGCGGUGGUCCAGGAGGCGGGCCACGGGACGCCAACUUCAUGAGCAGCAAUGCCCGCUUCCAGUCACAGUAUCAGCGCAUGGCCAAUCAUGCAGCGGCCAUGGCCGGAGCAGCGGGUGGCGGCGGUGGGCAGAUCCCCUCGCCGGGUGCACUGCAGCGACCCCAGAUGAUGUCGAAUCCCAUGCAAAAUGUGAGUGCCAUGCAGAAUUCGUUGGGGUUUCAUGGGAGCCAGGCUGGCUUUAAUCCCGGCCCACCGCAGACCUCCCCGCAGUUAGGCGGCGGCGGCAUGCACAGCCUGGCCAAGUGGCACAUACCGCAAUCCGCGCAACAGUCGAACAUGUGUACACAGCAAGGCCCCCUUUUGCCUUUUGCGAAUGGCCGCCAGACCUCGGAAAAUUUUAAAAUCUCACUGAAAUCUCCAAACACGCUCAAGAACAGCACCCCGCCCAGCCUGGGGGGCGGUGGUGCGGGUCACCCGGGCCUCGGAAACGGCUCCUCCAGUGCCCAAUUGAAUGCAGCUGCCCUGGGAUUGGGGCCAGCCGUUUCGAUACUCUCAAAUGUCACCUCGACGAAUCCAAAGACGCCCAGUCCCAGCACACAUGAGAACACCAAGGACUUCACCGAACCCAUAGACAAGGUGCGCGACGACUCGAUCAACGAUCUAAUUGCCACCAUAGCCAAGUUGGACUCAAAUGGAGUGCAGGUGCUGCCAGAGGGUCGUACCAAAACCACCUCACCGCAGGUGCAUAGCUCGACGGAUCUGUCAAACACGCAGGAAGUUAAUAAUAAAAACGAACAAAAAGAUGAUCCCAACGAGGACUGGUGCGCCGUCUGUCUGGACGGAGGCGAGCUGAUGUGCUGCGACAAGUGUCCGAAGGUGUUCCACCAGAAUUGUCACAUCCCCGCGAUCAGCUCGCUGCCGGACGAGAGCGAAAGUUGGCAGUGCCUGCUGUGCGUGAACCUCAAGGAGCUGACCAAGACGGAGGGCAGUGAAAAGAGCUCCUCCGGCGAUCUGAGCGCCCUGGAGCUGCGCAUCCUGCAGCGCAUCUGCUUGGAGCUUUACUGCCAGUACGAGCAGAGCCUGAACUUCCGGGAGCCAGAGUCUCCAGCUAACACAUCAUACUACGAGAUUGUUUCCAGUCCCAUGUCGCUAGAUGUGAUCCGCACCCGCCUGGAUCCAUCCAGUCCCAACCACUACAAGGACAUUGCUGGCUUCGUAUCGGACGUACGUUUGAUUUUCUCCAACACAUACCUCUUCUAUCAGGAGGACACGAAAACCUACUCCAAUGCCAAAUACUUGGAGAAUUUCUUCGAGGAGCAGCUGACCAAGUGGCUACCGCAAUUUGAGGGCAGCAAGCAGCUGGGCAAGGGCAGCAGCUCCAACUCGCCGGCGCUGUUGGGUGUCAAUGCGACUGGCUCGCCGUCGCCCAUCGAGAACGGACGAAAGAGCUGCGGAUCAGCGUCGUUGGGCGAUAGCGAUGGUGGCUGCUUGCCGGCCAAGAGGGCGCGACGGUCAGGGCACGAAUAGAACGAACUGAUGCCCGGCAGUAAGGGCACGGACGCGGAUCAGCCGGAGGAUUCGGGACAGCAGCGCCGCCAAGGGGAGCCGCAGACGGGGCAGCAGCAAUUGCCUGGUUUUCUGGAGGAGCUGGAUUUGGAAAUGCCGCAACGGCCGCACAGCCUCGGCAGCAAUGUUAUCCAGGAGAGCGCUGACUACGUGCUUCAGCUUUUACACGCAUAUGCCGCCGCCUUUGGAUUGUAGAUGCCGCAGAAGCUACGUUUCCGAAUUCAAUUCUAGUGUAGGCUUUAUGGUGAGCGAAUGACCCGUGGGCUUUCCCAAAAACAUGAGUUACGUGCACACAUCUAAACAGAUACACCUAACAAAAGCUGAUGUGCCCUUUGAACCUCAGUGUCCGGACAUAUUUAUAAACAAAUUGUAAAUAGUAAAGCCAAGCAAGUCAUUUGAUAUGAUUUUAUUUGUACGUAAAAUGGAAUAAAUUGAAUUCUUGGGCGAUCGAUAAUUGAAAUGAGAUAUGUUUAGCUAAAUUCUAAGUGUUGAAUAUCCAUAAACAUUAAUAUAAAUAUAACUAUAAAUAUGUAUACCUUUCUGUAGAGAACCAGUAGAGAUUAAAACUAGUUGUAAGUGUUCAAGUUCGAGUAAAAUCGUCAUUCUUAUUUUAACUGAUUUGUAUUUGAGAUAAACCCCAUUCUGACCCAUCUCUGUUGGAGUUGUAUUUACUUUUGUGAUAGCGAAAAACAAUAAGAUGAACAAAUUACCCAUUAUUCAUUAAUUAAUUAUUAUUACCAUUAAAUUAAACACUGUGACGUAGCUCUACAUUUAUUUCGAAUUUGUCAUGUACGAUAUUUAUUGCCCGCUAACCAUCCAUCAGUAGGACCUAACAAGGCCACAAUGUGUAACCCCAAGUCCCUGCUCAUCCCAAGAACAGCAUACAUUCGUAUACCACGUAAGAAGACACUUGAAAUAAGAUAGCUGCAUUCUAGGCGUGUAGGCUCCGCAGAUGAAUCAAACCUUUAAAUUACGGAUAAACAAAACAUAGAUAUUUGGAUGUUGUACGUUUGACGUAAUAGCAUAGAGUAGGUGUAAGGAGUGAGUAGCUCUAUUUAUUACCAAUCGAUCGGCGGGACUCAACUCCCGCGGGCGAUGUACAUAUUAAUCUAUACAUAUUUCCAACAAAGAAUCACCUUUUCAUAUACAUAUAUCUUUAACCAAGCGUGUAUGUAGUUUUGUAUGAUGCCGGGUUGAAACUAAAAUAAAACCAAACCAGCUAGGGCCGAUAUUUUCAUAAAUGUUUUCAAUGCAAUACACAAAGAACAGACACGAUCAGAAUCCGCACUGGACAACUAAAAAAAUAUAAUUAAACUAGAUAAUAAUACGGCUACUACUCCUAAUGGCGCCACAAUAAGGAUGAUAAGGGGGCGGAAACAUAUUAAUGAAAUUAAAUAGCCAUGCAUAAAUGUUUGUACGACGUUCCCAACGGACGACAAUGUGUGCUAUCCUAUCAAAAAACUAAAGCUUAGCAAAACUAAAGCGAGCACAGGAAGACCAUGCAUAGCAUCUGCGAAUGUUUAUGUGUUAAAUGUGAAACUAUGGAAAUUAUUUUAUCUGUUUUAGCCGUAAGUUUUACGAUAACUAAAGAUUAACCACUGUAUAUGAAUGUACUACUUACUAUCAAGUGGAUUAUAAAAUAAUAAAAAAAACUUCAUGUA